ACGGCGUAGCCAAUAUCCAUCGUGCUUAUAUCUUACACACUGCCUCCUGCUACUGCCACUAUGAGAAGGUUACCUUCCUAAUUUUCAUCCUAGCUGCAGGAAAGUUCACCUUAGCUGAGGUUUAGCCCCCCGCAUUCGCCGAAAUACGUUAUUUGAGCGACAAAAGCGCCAUGACUUGUCAUUUCCGCCGUGCACGGUCUCUGCUCGCCGUCUUCGUGCUGCUGGUCCUUCUUGAUAAUGUGAUUGCGCCGCUAGCUAACGCCACUAACUCAAUUGGCACAGUCAGGCCGCCCAAACGUACUACCAUCGGCAAGGGGAGGAUUUAUCGUUUUGAGGUUACAGUGGAAGGUUCCUUCAAAGGAGCAAGGAAGGUCGUACCGCCGCAACAACCUACGAUUGCCCGCUUGCUUCCCGAACUGGCGACGAGGUCUCGGGUGCCAGAACCCGGGGAUGAUCUCGUUGCGAAGCUAGUUGCGACUGGUUACACGGCCUUCGCGAGUUUCUUGCGAAAUUCCGGCCUCCUGGCCGAUUUUCGGGAGCUUCGACUCCAAGGCCCUUCCACACUCACUGUUUUCGCGCCGACCAACGACGCGUUGCGUUCGUUUCCCACAGCUCUUGUUGCCGGCCUUCAUUCAUACGAGAACAACCGAAUAUUGCGUCAGGUUCUGCUAUUUCACUUUGUACCCGGUUUCUGAUUCCUCCAGUCGAGCUCGUCAACUCCCCUGCGGCAGCACAACAAUCUACAAGCCAGCUCCACUCCGAGCCUCGUGGCGCCUGGGAGGGGGAUGAGUCCGAGUCUCAUGAUCCUCAUGAAGCUGCUGUUGCGCGAAUGGGCGGCAGCGAUGUUCGGAACAACGGGAGCACGGACCACCACGGGAAAAUGCAUGAGGACGGGGAGAGGCGCUGGGCUCGGCGCGCAAUGAGGGAGGAGGGCGCACCUGCUCCAGCAUCCGAGCCUGCACCAGCAUCCGAGCCUGCUCCAGCAUCUGAGCCUGCACCAGCAUCCGAGCCUGCACCAGCAUCCGAGCCUGCACCAGCAUCCGGGCCUGCUCCACCAUCCGAGCCUGCUCCAGCAUCCGAGCCUGCACCAGCAUCCGAGCCUGCACCAGCAUCCGAGCCUGCUCCAUCAUCCGAGCCUGCUCCAGCAUCCGAGCAUGCACCAGCAUCCGAGCCUGCACCAGCAUCCGCGCCUGCACCAGCAUCCGAGCCUGCACCAGCAUCCGAGCCUGCACCAGCAUCCGAGCCUGCUCCAGCAUCCGAGCCUGCUCCAGCAUCCGAGCCUGCACCGGCAUCCGAGCCUGCACCAGCAUCCGAGCCUGCACCAGCAUCCGAGCCUGCACCAGCAUCCGCGCCUGCACCGGCAUCCGAGCCUGCACCAGCAUCAGAGCCUGCACCAACAUUCGAGCCUGCACCAGCAUCCGAGCCUGCACCAGUAUCCGAGCCUGCGCCAGCGUCCAAGCCUGCACCAGAAUCCGAACCUGCACCAGCAUCCGCACCUGCACCAGCAUCCGAACCUGCACCCGCAUCCGAACCUUCUCCACCUUCGGAGGCUCCACCGUCCAAGGCUGCACCGGGUUCGACGCCUGCUCCCGGCUCACAAGGAGCGCCACAGCCGCAGCCGCAGCCUCAGCCUCAGCCGCGGCCGCAGCCGCAGCCAGCAGCAGCACCUGUUAACUCCGCUGCCAGCCAAACGAGCUCCUCCCCUGCUACCCUAUCAACCGGAGCUACCAUCGGCAUAGCGGCAGGGGGAAUAGGCCUGCUCGCUGCAGUGGUGCUUCUGGUGCUCCUCCUAUGCUUCCGCCAAUUCAACCCGGGGUCCAAAGAAGGAGCAGCAGCGGGAGGCAGGGGAAGAGGGGGCGUGGCAGCAGGAGGCGCAGCAACGGAGAGCAGCUCCCAAUCCGGGAGUGCCUGGUCGUCAGGGCAGCGGUGGCAGGGUGGUUCAGGCUACUACGAUACAGCUGCUUGGCCGGCUCGAGGCGGGCAGGAAAACAAUCCCUGAGCGACUAACAGAUCUGAUUGCCAAAACGGUCUCUUAGCAGCAGCAGCAGCAGCGUGCAGGGUAUGGAGCACCUCUCUAUGUGUGUGUGGAUGGUCAGGGCAGGGGGGAGUCAGAUGGUGCAACAAGAGAAUACAGCACGCCUAGUGCGCCGGUGCAAGGAGGGUGGGCAAGUGUCGCACCAGGGGGCUGCCUGCUGUGAAGACGGAUGUUGCCUGGGCACCGGGUCCUCAAUGCAUUGUCCUUUGCUCUUUCAUUGCCCUACAAGGCUCUGCUUGCAGAUGACUCGUGGUGCUAGGAGGGAGAGCAGGAGAGCUUGAGAGCAGGCGAGCAGGAGAGCAGGAGGGCAGGAGAGCAGGAGAGUGAGGUUUGGCUCCCUCGUACACCGACAUGUACAACAGCUUGGCUUAACUCCCCACGAAGUCAACCUCUCCCCAAUGGAAAGAACGCCCA